AUGAGUCUGUCUGAUCAUUUCUCUAUCGCCAACAUUCCCUACGGUAUUGCCAGUGGUAACAAUCAUCCAAAGGGUGUCGUCACGAGGGUUGGCGACUCCGUUAUCUUUCUUGCCGAUGUUGGCCUCGAGGUUUCCAGCCAGAUACAGUCUGCUCUAUCUCAACCGACUCUGAAUGAUCUGGCAGCUGUAAAUAAGGCUGAGCUCCGAUUACUUAGGAAGAGUAUCCAGGAUCUACUUUCCGACAAAGCUACUCUGUGCAAGCAUGGCGUCCCAAUCGAUGACGUACAACUUCACUUGCCGUUGCGAAUUGGCGGCUUCACUGACUUUUCUUGUUCAAAAGAACACUUGCUAAACGCGUCGGAAGCCGUAAUGGGACAGAAAUCAAUGCCGCCGGCAGCGCCAUAUUUGCCAAUUGGUUACGGAGGUCGACCGUCUACCAUUGUGGUCUCGGGGACUGCAAUAACUCGGCCGCUUGGUCAAUACCGCGACGGGGACAAAGUCGGCUUCGGCCCUUCCAGAGCUGUUGAUUACGAGUUGGAGGUGGCGUGCAUCAUAGGCAAAUCGACGCAAAUGGGUGACCGUGUUUCAGUUUCUGAUGCCGACGAGCACAUUUUUGGUCUUGUCCUUUUGAACGACUGGAGCGCUCGUGACAUCCAGGGCUUCGAGAUGAAUCCCCUUGGGCCAAUGAAUGGGAAAUCCUUUGGAACGACAAUAAGUCCUUGGGUGGUGACGCUCGAAGCGCUCGAGCCAUUCACAACUCAACCACCUCCGAAAGAUGUCCCUGCGCAACCCUACCUGCUGGACAAGAAGAAAGAUUCGAGCUACACUAUAGCUUUAAAGGCAGAGGUGUUGGCGAGUGGAGAGGCCACAACGGUAUGCACAGCGCAGCUAAGUUGGAUGUACUGGACAUUCCGAGAUCUCGUGGCUCAGCAAACAAUCAACGGCUGCAAUAUCAACACAGGUGACAUUUUAGCUACGGGGACGGUGUCAGGCGCUGGCGAUGACGAGCAUGGUUGUUUGCUCGAGAUGACCAAGGGCGGCAAGGUUGGAUGGAAACUGGCCAACGGUCAGGACAGGGUGUAUUUGCAAGACGGCGACGGCGUGCGCAUGAGUGGAUAUGCCGGCAGCGGCGUGGGGUUUGGUGAUUGUGUUGGCUUCAUCGCUCCCGCUCGGCCAUUUUGA